GCAGAACAAACCAAUCACAAUCUACCGGUCCGGCCUUUCCUAAAGAAGUAAGCGAUAUCCGGCGCAACAAAUGCCGGCGACGAUAACAAGCGAGUUCAAGUGAUAGCGGGGAAAGCUUUCGAUAAGAUCGAACCCGGUCAACAGCUUUCUCCGUUAUCGGGUCCAGUGUCAACACAACCUCGACCCAUGGUAUUUACCACGUGGACCGUCCUUGAAGCACGCAGCAGUCAUAAAACCACCCUUAAAUACGCGUGCUAGCAUCACAUCAUAGCAAUCCACCCCGCCGAUAAUCCCACACCCCACAUUCGACAACACAACACAACACCCCAACCACAAAAUAAUAAAAUUAAAAACAAUGUCCCCUCACAAACACGUCGUCUUCGACGUCGUCGGCACCUGCGUCUCCUUCGAUGCCUUCUACAACUGCAUUGACCGUGUCAUGGGCGACAAGCUCCGCGCGCAAUGUAUCACGCCGCGUUUCUUCGGAUUCAGCUGGAUGACCGCUGCCGAGCUGGAAUUUACCUUCUUGUCCAUUUCAGAACGAUACAAACCGUAUAAAGAGGUUAUUACGGCGCUGUUCUAUCGGACCUUACACAUGGCGGGGGUCGAGGACCCGAGGUCGUUUGCGACGGAGGCUGAGAGGGAUCAGUGUGUGCAGGGAUAUUCGGAGUUGGAGCUUAGGCCGGGGACCCGGGAGUGUUUUGCGAGGUUAAGAGAGGCGGGGUUCACGGUUUGGUGUCUUACGACUGGGGAUACGAGGCGUGUGAGAGGGUAUUUUGAGCGUGCUGGGGUGGAUAUGCCGUUGGAGAACUUCAUUAGUUGUGAUUCGCAGGGGGUGGCUAAGCCCACGCUGGCGGCGUAUAGGCCUGCGAUGGAGAGGUUUGCCGAGGAGGACGUGAAGUGGUUUGCAGCGGCGCAUAUGUGGGAUGUUUCGGCGGCGGUUAAGGUUGGGUUUAGAGGGGCGUAUUGUACGGUGUAUGAGAAGGAGUCGUGUGCGGAGAUUUUUGAUACCCAGAUGGAGGUGUUGGCGGAUUCUUUGCCUGAGAUGGCGGACAAGAUCAUUGCAGCCUCGGGGUAGUGUUUUGGAGAGAUCAACAAAAGUAAAGGAAGCCACAGUAAUCAAUUGCAAACUCAUUCAAUCAUCAU